AUGGCCGAGAACAAGGCUGCCUGGAUCGACUCACCCUCCAGCUAUCCUCUCAACAUACGGGGAGCACCUAAGCCAUCUGCAGGCCCCGGAGAGAUUGUCAUCAACAAUGCUGCUGUCUCAAUUAACCCUGUGGAUUGGAAGAUUCAAUUUAUUCUAGGUGAAGACGCGGCUGGCUUCGUGGAGGAGGUCGGAGCAGGCGUCACGCGUUUCAAGAAGGGCGACAGAGUCAUUGCGCAUUGUCAUGGCCUCAUGACCAGAAACCCCGCCAACUCGGCUUUCCAAUGCUAUCCAGUUGCCACUGAUUCCUUGGUAUCUCCCAUUCCCGACUCGAUGACUUUCGAAGAGGCUGUCGUCCUUCCUCUUGCCAUCUCGACAGCCUGCGCCGGUGGCGCGUCAUCCGUAGGCGCAACGGCCAUUCAACUAGCUGCUGCUUCUGGUGUGGCAGUCAUCAGCACAGCUUCCCCGGCCAACCAUAAACUAGUGGAGAGCCUGGGUGCUAAUUUUGUCUUCGACUACAAGUCUCCCACCGUUGUCGAAGACAUUACCACCGCCCUCGAGAAAACCGACUUCAUUGGAGUCUAUGAUGCCAUCGGUGAGGAUGCUAGCUUCGAUGCUGUGUCUGCCAUCCUUGACCGACUUGACAAGAAGGUUCCUGUUGCCAGCGUCCUCCCGAGCAGCAAGAGCACCGAGCGAUUCAGCCCUAGUUACGUCGUUGCUUUUGCUAUCAUCCAGGAGCCCAACCAACAUAUCGGUGAAUGGAUCUGGAAGAGGUUCAUUCCCGAAGCCCUAAAGAGUGGCUCCUUUCAGGCCAAGCCCGAUCCCUUGGUUUCUGGAUACGGUCUGAACGACGUGCAGAGUGCUAUGGAUAAACAGAGCAAAGGUGUGUCUGCAAAGAAGAUUGUCGUUACGCUUUGA